AUGAAUUCACAAAAUUUCUACCAAAAUUUGAAGAAGCAUAUGCAGAGUCUUUUAAUUAGAAAAUCUGAUAUUCCUUAUUAUAAUCAAAAUAAUAUAGUCGAUAUAAUAACUGGAGUAUUAGAUAAGUUUACCAAUGCAAAUACUAAUGUCAUUAAUGUUGAAAAUGCAAUUAAAAAUAUAAAAGAAAUUUUAGACAAAAAUUUUGGUGUUGGAUGGAUAUGCAUAAUAGGAGAAUCCUUCUCUUUUAACAUCUCUGCAAAAGAAAAUUCAUUUUUAUUUUGUUUUUAUCAAGGAUAUUUAGCAAUAGUUGUUUAUAAAUGCUGA